AUGACAAAGCCGGACUCUAAUCCUCGCCGCAUCUUGCACCAUGGAAACACUUCUCGCACUAAGCCGGACUUCAUCUCGGCGACAAGAGGCCCAGGCAUGCGCUCCAACCUGUCUGUCGGACUGGACGCUGGCAAAGCAUUGGCAGUGGCCUGGAAUGUCCCUGUCAUAGGUGUCCACCACAUGCAAGCGCACGCCUUGACACCACGUCUAGUAUCUGCACUCGAGUCUAGAGCAACCACCGGACCAAACUUCCCUUUCCUCAGUGGCUUGGUAUCGGGAGGUCAUUCUAUGUUGAUUGAAUCUACGGGGUUGACCGAUCACAAGAUCCUGGCCACAACCGGCGACAUUGCGUUAGGCGACUGUUUGGACAAGGCUGCGCGCGCAAUUCUGCCAGCUCACCUGGCAGUGCCUCCUUAUGGACGAGCACUCGAACAAUUCGCCUUCCCUGCUGGAGCCUCAAAUUACAACUAUACAGCACCUGCAAAACGAGACGCAGAGCUCGCGCGCAGAGUCACAAAGUGGGGAUGGGGUCUAGGUGCACCCUUGGCUGGAAGCAAGAACGGAAGUAGCAGUCGCAAGAUGGUCUAUUCAUUCUCUGGUCUACUAAGCAGUAUCGAACGCUUUGUGAAGUUUGAGUAUGAUCACCAAAACUCGACUAUCUCAAGCCAACUACGCCAGCCCGGCCAUCUUUCUGACGACGAGCGCCGUGACAUGGCCAAGGAAGUGAUGCGUGUGGCCUUCGAGCAUCUCGCUUCUCGCGUUAUGUUGCACCUAUCCUCUCUGUCACCUGCAGAAGCUGCCAAGGUCAACUCUGUGGUUGUCUCGGGUGGUGUGGCAGCGAAUCGCUUCUUGCGCCAUGUAAUGCGUGCUUUCCUCGACGUCAGGGGUUUCAGCCAUGUUGAAUUGUUCUUCCCACCUGUCGAGUUGUGCACAGACAACGCGGCUAUGAUUGGAUGGGCGGGCAUAGAGAUGUGGGAGGCGGGAUGGAGGUCGCAGUUGUCUGUGCGACCGAUCAAGACGUGGUCCAUGGAUCCGAGUGCCAGUGAUGGCGGUAUUCUGGGCGUGGAAGGGUGGUUGAAAGCAUGA